UCUCUUCCUCUUACGCGUGCCCAUUCUGAUCUGCCUUUUGUAACGUGAGCACCUCCUCCGAUUACCUCCCGCUGGUCAACAGGCCUCUGUAACUUUAUUUGAUUCACCUGGCAAAAUAUGGCCCCAGAAAGCGAGUAGAAUUGUCCUUCUCUACUCUAGUGAGUGGGGGAUGCGGUCCAGACCAUUACCACUAAGCGGUUUCCCUCCAGAACACUCCAUACCGCGUUUCCUCAAAUAAACAGGGUUUCUACUUUGUGGCUUUGCGUAGAAAGCAUUUAUAGGUAGGUAUAUCUGAGGAAAUUAAGGAAAGAAGGAGGCUGCUACUGUUUUUUUAUCAGAGCUUGUUUCUUCCAAAAGAAGGUAUGGGGAGAGGAAAGAUUGUGAUUCGAAGAAUUGACAAUUUAACGAGCAGGCAAGUGACCUUUUCCAAGAGAAGAAAUGGGUUGAUUAAGAAGGCUAAGGAGCUAUCAAUCCUUUGUGAUGCUGAGGUUGGAUUGAUUAUCUUCUCUAGCACCGGCAAGCUUUACGAUUAUGCUAGCACUAGCAUGAAAUCAGUUAUCGAUCGUUUCAACAAACUGAAAGGGGAGCAUCAACUGCUGAAUCCUGUUUCGGAAGUCAAGUUUUGGCGAAGGGAAGCAGCAAGCUUGAGGCAACAAUUGCGGUACUUCGAAGAAUGUCACAGGCAGUUAAUGGGGGAAGAACUUUCUAGUUUGAGCGCCAAAGAUCUACAAAAUUUGGAAAGCCAACUUGAGAUGAGUUUGAAAGGUGUUCGAAUGAAAAAGAGCCAGAUAUUUAAUGAUGAAAUAAAAGAACUAAACCAGAAGGGAUCUUUCAUACAUCAAGAGAAUAUAAAACUGCAUAAGAACCUAGACCUCGUAAGUAAAGAGAAUGAGGAACUGCAAAAGAAGGUUUAUGAAGCAAGGGAUGUGAAUCGAGGAAACAAAAGUUCCCAGCCUCCAUAUAGCAUCAGUAAUGAUUAUGAUUUGCAUGCACCCAUCCAUCUGCAGCUAAGCCAGCCACAGAAUCAAACUCAGCCUGGGCCUGGUCCUAAGAACAAUGAAGUACCAGCAAAAGCAAUAUAUAACCCCACUAAAGAAUUACAACUGCAUUAGCAAAGCUGUUUCACAGUUGUGGAUGGCCAUGUCAUAAUGCAGAAUGCAGACAACUUGCACCGCAGUGAAAGCCAAUCUUUUAGGAGCGAAAUGUCAUACUACAGUAAAUGUAUCCAACCGAAGGACCAAAAGCUUUGGUACGAAAUGUUCUGUCAAACAAACUUCGCAUUUCUGUAAAAAAAUUAGACAACCAGUGUGUAAGUUUAUACAAUAUGGGAGAGAAUUGUGUCAGGACCAACUUUUAUCUGCAUUAAAUAUGUGUUGUGACCAAUCAGAUAACAAUUGUCAAUUGUUAUGCCUAGAUGACUUUCAAACUGACCAUUAUGUUUUUAUUAAUUCUAGCAGCAAAAUUCUGAUGGAAAAAUAGUUAAAUAAGAAAUAUGGAGACACGGAACAAUAUCAUGGAAGAUACAUUUAAGAAGAUAACGAGUUAUUAUCCUUUAGAGAGUAAACCUGUA